UUGUCUCUCUCUCCCUCUCUCUCCCACUCACUCUCUCUCUCUCUCCUCAUCUCUGAUUAGAUAUACUGAUUCCCCAUUCAAUGGACGUCAUUUAGUGCAGUCUGCCUUGAGUUGCUUCCUCGCUUCACGCUCGAUUUCCGACCAUUCUUCUCUUAUUAAGUAUUCGUGUAAUAUUAAUAGUCAUGAAUAUCUACCAUUAGGAGUGCAGAAGAAGAGGCAGAUCUGUGCUAACAUGAGCUCAAGCGAGGGAACAGUUCACUGACAGAGCCGGGAGACGCCAAGGGGAUCUAAGAAACUUUAGAGAAAAGCAUUGCAUCUAAACAGCAGAAGAAGAGAAGUGGGAAUUUACCCAGAUUCUGAUGGAUUAUUGCUUUAUUUGAACGCUGGCCACCGCCACCUCGCCCUACAAUUAUCGUUGGCUUGAUAAUUUAAUUUGCACGUUUGCAAUUUUCGUUUUGUUCCUCUGAAAUUCUUGUCUUUUGAAGUCCUCGGAAAUCUUCGCUGAUGUUAGUGCACAGUUUUUCCGCGAUGGAUCGCCACGACGGGACCAGCAAUGGCACAGCCCGGUUACCCCAACUGGGCAGCGUGGGCCAGUCUCCGUACACCAGCGCUCCUCCGCUCUCUCACACGCCCAAUUCAGACUUCCAGCCGCCGUACUUUCCGCCACCCUACCAGCCCAUCUACCCGCAGUCUCAGGACCCUUACUCUCACGUUAAUGACCCGUACUCCAUCAACUCUCUGCACGCCCAGCCUCAGCCACAGCACCCGGGCUGGCCCGGCCAGCGCCAGAGUCAGGAGAGCAGCCUGCUGCACCAGCACCGCGGGUUACCGCAUCAGCUGUGCAGAGAGUACCGCAGAGAAGUGCUUCUUCCCUCGGGUCACGGCAUUGAGACUGGACUCACGGAUUCAAUCCCUAUCCAUGGAAUACCUCACUCUUUAGAAGAUGUUCAGCAUGUUGAAGAUCAAGGAAUUCACAUCCCAGACCAAACUGUAAUCAAGAAAGGUCCUGUUUCCAUAUCCAAGAACAACAGCAAUGUUUCUGCUAUACCGAUAAAUAAAGACGGGCUUUUUGGAGGUGUGGUAAACCCAAACGAAGUGUUCUGUUCGGUUCCGGGUCGUCUGUCUCUUCUUAGCUCAACAUCAAAGUACAAAGUCACAGUAGCGGAGGUGCAGAGACGACUUUCUCCGCCUGAGUGCCUGAACGCAUCCCUGCUUGGGGGGGUCUUGAGGAGGGCCAAAUCUAAGAAUGGUGGAAGAUCUUUAAGAGAAAAGCUAGAUAAAAUCGGAUUAAAUCUACCAGCAGGGAGACGCAAAGCUGCCAAUGUUACUCUCUUGACGUCACUGGUGGAAGGUGAAGCGGUGCAUCUGGCCAGAGAUUUUGGUUAUGUGUGCGAGACUGAGUUUCCAGCCAAGGCGGUUGCUGAAUACGUGAACCGACAACAUUCCGACCCAAACGAACAAGUCCAAAGAAAAAACAUGUUAUUGGCGACGAAACAAAUCUGCAAAGAGUUCACGGACCUGCUCUCGCAAGACCGCUCGCCCUUGGGGAAUUCACGUCCACAGCCAAUUCUUGAGCCCGGGAUUCAGAGCUGUUUGACCCACUUCAGUCUUAUUUCUCAUGGAUUCGGGACUCCGGCCAUGUGCGCGGCCCUCACGGCUCUGCAGAACUAUUUGACGGAGGCCAUUAAAGCCAUGGACAAAAUGUACCUGAACAACAAUCCUAAUAGCCACAAUGAGACGGGGUCAAAGGGGGGUGACAAAGACGAGAAGCACAGAAAGUGAUGUCCAGCCAACACAUCCCAAUUGAUGUAUGACAAAAUGCAUAGGCUAUAUAACAAACACUAGUGAUCAAGAUGAAACACUGAACGCACCACCUCCCGAUCUUGACAUUUUGAAACAAAACAAAAAUAAAAAAAUAAAAAAAUAUAAAAAUAAAUAAAAUAAAAUAAAAUAAAAAUAAUAAUAAUAAUAAUAAAUAAAUAAUUAAAUAAUUAAAUAAAAUAAUAAUAAUAAUAAAACAAUUCAUUUUAGGAUUCGUGGAUAAAGCAUUUCUUUAAAUCAAAAUAAAGCAGUGUGCCAAUGAAAGGAGUAUAGAUCUGCCACAGCAGGACUUUUCAUGAACUCCCUUUGUAUGAGUUCAAUGGACUGAAAUUCAGCGAUUUCCCCUCAGUAUCCCCAUUUAAGAUUGUAGCCAUGUGACAACAAGAAGCUAAAGGAGGAAGAUUUUUUUUUAAUCAGUAUUGUGAAUAAACUUGAAAAAAAAAAAUCUACAGCUCCACGCCAUGACUUCAAGAACUCUGACUUUUCACUCGACCAAGCGACCAACUUGAACUUUGAAUUUCAACACGAUUCACGGUUAUAUGAGGGAAUCGGUGUUCAUGUAUGUAUAUAUUUAUUUAUGUGUAAUUUAAUGGGAAUUGUAAAUAAGGUACGUCUGUUCAAACUUCUUUUUUAUUUAUCUGGUGCCUCCUGUUUUAGUGGGUUUGAAUAUUCGCUUAGUUCUUCAUGUGGUUUUAUGGUUCUUAGAAAACAGAAGUUUGGGGUAUUCUUCUCUGGGAUAUUUCAAUUCAGCCCUCUUGUAGCAUGUUGAGGCGACACUGAAGCAAGUGAACAAAUUUAAAAGAAAUAAACAUCAAUUUCUCUAUAUAUUAUUCUUAUGCCAUUCAGUUUUAGAUCGAAAAAGGUCAUUGCAGAGACCCCGACGAUGCUAGUUUUGUGUAUCUUCUUGUUUUUAUACAAGCUUUUUAUGUGUUGUGCCAAUCACCUCUUGUUCUUCCCUCAAAGCACCACAAGAGCAAUAAAUGGAUAUUGUCUUACGAAUUCUUCUUCUUUUUCUUCCUUCCUUCCUUUUUUUGAAUAAUACAUUUUAACAUUUGGGACUAUCUGAUAUCUUGUGUGUCCACUGUCUAAAUUGGAGGCGGUUUUAUCUGUAUUGUAUAAACCUGUGCUGGCAAUAGCUCCCAUGCCUGUCAAUGUAUUAUAGUUCAUUGUUGCCCAGAAAUAAAAAAAAAAUAAUAAUAAAUAAAUAUUUGAUACGCUUCA